AAUAUAUUAUCAAACAUAACGCUACAUAUUUCACAUACAGCAUACUUAAUUGUAUACAAAUAUUCAGUGUAUGCGUUUUGUUUUUACACAAAAUGGACACAAUAUUUUUUGGGAAAAAUUGAACCGGACUCUACGCUGUUCCUGUCGCAACUUUACACACUUUAGCCAGCUGGAUGGGAGGAAAGGGAGCCGAGCGAAGACAAACAUGAACAAGCUGAAGUCCUCACAGAAGGAUAAAAUUCGCCAGUUCAUGAUUUUCACUCAAUCCAACGAGAAGACCGCACUGCUUUGCCUGUCGCAACAUGACUGGAAACUAGAAGUCGCCACCGACAAAUUUUUCCAAAAUCCGGAGCUUUACGUUUCCAGUUUAAAAGGCGCUUUAGACAAGAAGAAACUCGAACAACUUUACAACAGAUAUAGAGAUCCUCACGAUGACAACAAGAUCGGCAUCGAAGGCAUUCAGCAGUUUUGCGACGACCUGGGUUUGGACCCCGCCAGUAUAAGCGUUCUUCUCAUUGCUUGGAAGUUCAGGGCGGCGACACAAUGCGAGUUCUCCAAACAGGAGUUCAUGGACGGCAUGGCAGAACAAGGGUGUGACAGUAUAGACAAGUUAAAAGCGCAGCUUCCCAAGAUGGAACAAGAGUUAAAAGACCAGGGGAGAUUUAAGGAUUUUUACCAGUUUACAUUUAAUUUUGCCAAGAAUCCCGGCCAGAAAGGUUUAGAUUUAGAAAUGGCUAUUGCGUAUUGGAAUUUAGUGUUGGAUGGAAGAUUCAAGUUCCUCGACUUGUGGAAAACAUUUUUAGUCGAGCACCACAAAAGAUCCAUUCCCAAGGACACAUGGAACCUGCUGCUAGACUUCAGCACCAUGAUCACAGACGACAUGUCCAAUUAUGACGAGGAAGGAGCGUGGCCUGUACUCAUCGACGACUUUGUGGAGUUUGCACGACCGCACAUCGGGACCAAAAGUACUGCAGUUUAAGCUGCCCUUAACAAACCAGAGAAAAGAAGACGUGGACCGCACUACGUUGCCUUUUCCAUCCUCAGGACUGAAAUAUUUUACACAGCAGAGACUUUAUAAAUACACGUAUGUGCGUGCGUGCGUGUCGGUGUAUGUACCAUUCAUAUGUAUAACAAACACAAAAAAAAAUGCAUAUCACUUUGUCGGUUCACUUGUGGUGGGUUUGGGCACUUUUGACGACAGUAUUUUUUUUUUCGUGUGUGCCGAAGCCAAGCAAGAGUCUGGGUUUUGUCGGCACUUUUUAAAUUGGACUUAAGAGUGCUAUUUGGAUUUUUAGGAUAUAUAUCUCUGUGAUUGAAUAUUCAUCAUUUUUCAAGAUCAGUGCCGUUUUCUUUGAGGAUAAAAUAAAUGUUGCCAUUUGGUA